CGGGCUCUGAAUUUCCGAACAGCGGGCAUGGAGAAUUUCCAGCUCAGCUUGUCCGGCCUAAGGACAAUUGCUCAGAGAAGUGGCGGGGAGCUGAACAAGUUCAUGUCGAAGCAGAUAUGGAGUCCCCAGGACAGAGAAGCUAUCCUCAACAUUUUAGGCCAGCUGUUGUUGGACAAGGAGUGCACAAUUCUCAUUGGGCGACAACUUCGACCUUUGCUUCUGGAUCUCUUGGAGAGAAAUGCAGAGUCAAUAAGAGCUGGGGGCCAGAUUAACCAUGAUCUUCAUGAGAGACUGUGUGUGGCAAUGAGCAAGCUAGUAAAUUGCUAUCCCGAUGUACUUCCGUUUGCAUUAAGAUAUUUUCAGAAUGCCUCACCAGUGUUCCAAAGACUCUUUCUGGAGAGCUGUGACUCUGGUGCUGUCCGAUAUGGACGGAGACGCAUGAAAUUGAGAGACUUGAUGGAAACUGCAUAUAGGUUUUUAAAAAGUGAUAUAUCCUCCUUUCGAGAGAUGUGGGAUUGGAGUGUCUGUUUGCCUCUUCUAAAAAGUCACGAUCUGACUGUCCGAUGGUACACUGCCCAUUGCUUGGCUUUGGUUACAUGUAUGUCUGAUGCAAAUAAACAGAUAUUCUUGAAGAAAAUGUUUAACGCAGAUGAACUGAUUAAUUUCAGGCUUCAAUUCUUGGAUGAACUACAGAACCAAAAUCUUGAGAGAGGUCUAUUGAUGGCAAAUCAGGAGAGGACUAUGUGGCAGAUAAAGAGGUGCCAGCAAUAUACACAAGGUCAUAUUGUAUCUGUCGACCUUUGUUUGAGCGUUGUUCCAGUGUGUGGCGUAAUCCUACCUAAGAAACAGCAGAAGGGACAACAUUUGGAGGAGGAUAUUGGCCAGCUUGUGUUGGUGGAAUCUACUUGCAAAAACCUCCAUAGCCUUGCCCUAGCUGUCUCCUACCAGAAUCCUGUUCUUUUGGAAGGACCAAUAGGGUGUGGCAAAACUGCAUUAGUGGAGCACUUAGCCACUGUUACUGGACGCCACAAGCCUCCCGACAUUUUAAAGGUUCAACUUGGAGAUCAAACUGAUAGUAAGGUAUAUAAAGCUCAAGCCAUUGGCAACUUAACUUACAAAACAAUUCAGAUGUCAGUUUCUCAGUAUGAAUAAAAUAUUUUACAACAAUA